AUGCUGUUGGAUACUGGUUCAGAGCUGACGUUUGCUACAAAUGACCUUGUUGGGAAGCUCGGCUUAUCGGUAUCUCCAGCUUUGCUACCGGUCGUUGGUAUUAGUGGAUCAAAGUCUUCAUCCAAUGGUUUUUCUCGAUUUUCUCUCAAGACUCUGUAUUCAAGUAAUCAGAUUCUCAUCAAGGCCUAUGUACUCGAUCAUCUCACAUCUUCAUUGCCUUCGUUCACGGUCUCUCAAACUCAACAUUGGGAGCAUCUCAGAGGACUGGAGUUAGCUGAUCCUGAUUAUCUGACGUCAAGACCUGUUGAUCUUCUCAUUGGCGCAGAUUUCUUUGGAUCGAUUGUGGAGCCGCAGGCUAUCAAGGGGCCGUCAGACUCCCUUAUAGCGAUGCUUACUCUCCUCGGGUGGGUGGUUCUCGGACCUACAUCCGCAGUGAUCCCCGCGGCAAGCUCAAAUCACGUCUCUGUCAGCAAUGAGGAACUUGGCGAUCUUCUCACCUCGUUCUGGCAGCAGGAGGAAGUCUCUAAAACUGAAGGCAAUGAUGGUGUUCUCACGAAGGAAGAGGCAGAUUGUGAGGAGUUCUUUCAGCGCACCCAUGUUCGAGAUCGCUCGGGGCGUUAUGUUGUUCGACUGCCUCUUGCUCGUUCUCCGUCAGAGCUCGGUGAUUCUCUAGGCCGCGCCAAGGCGUGUCUCUCGAGCCUGCUCAGGAGGUUGGGAAAGAAUCAGAAUUCUCUACAGCUUUACAGUGAUUUUCUCAAGGAGUAUGAAGAGUUGGGGCACAUGGUGGCUCCUCUCAAGAAGCUCACCAUUCCGCGUCUUGAGCUCAACGCCGCAGUCAGUCUAGCCAAGCUCAUAAGGUACGUUAUUGUUCAGCUCAACCUUGGUACCGCUAUGGUACAUUUGUGGACAGACUCAGCUGUUGCUCUUGCGUGGAUCUGUGCUCAUCCUUCCAGGUGGAAGGAAUAUGUCCACAAUAGAGUAGCCAGCAUUCAGGAACUCGUGCAGGAAGCGAAUUGGAGGUACGUCAGUGGGAAGGAGAAUCCUGCUGAUUGUGCAUCUCGAGGCAUUUCGGUAGCUCAACUCAAUGCCCAUCAUUUGUGGUGGACGGGCCCAAAAUGGCUACGCAAGGAUUCUUCUCAAUGGCCGAAAGGGAGCGCAAGAUUGGACCCGUCAACAAAUCUCGAGGAGAAGCCUGGGGUGACUCUAACUGCUUCUCUCGCGAGGUCAAGUCUCUGGGAUCUUUGCACGCGAUAUUCCUCUCUCUACAAAUUGUUGCGAAUCACAGCAAUUUGUCAAACGGUUGCAGGAAAUAUGGUGCGGAAGUUGGGAAGGAAGAAGGCUGUUGUUGUCCCUGCAGUGUUUAGCCCUGAAAGCAUCGAGGCAGCUCGGCUUUAUUGGGUCAAGGCGACUCAAGCCUUUCAUCUCCAAGCCGAGUGUGACAUUAUCUCUCACGGAUUCCAACUGAAGAAGUCUCAUCCGUUGACCAAGCUCACGGCCUUCAUCGACCAACAGGGUGUUCUCAGAGUGGGCGGGCGUUUGAAGUUCUCAACUCUAGGACCAGAGAGUAGGCAUCAGGCGAUCAUCCCUAAAGGUUCCGCGCUCGCAGAGCUUCUCAUUAGGGACUCUCAUCAGCGAACGCUGCAUGGUGGAACUCAGCUCACGUUGGCGCAUCUCAGGAGGUCUUACUGGAUUAUUGGAGGUCGUCUACCAGUAAGAUCCUUCAUCCUCAAGUGCGUUGAAUGUGCGCGUGGGAUUCGAGCUCAACAGCUGAUGGGACAGCUUCCAGUAGCACAUCUUGUGUCGGAUCGGGCUUUCUCUAACACUGGUGUGGACUAUGCCGGACCAGUGUCGCUCAAGACGUGGAAGGGGCGUGGUCACAAGACCCAGAAAGGCUGGUUGGUGAUUUUUGUGUGCAUGGCCACGUCCGCUCUCCAUCUGGAAGCUGUCACGGAUUACUCUGCUGAUGGGUUCAUCGCGGCCUACAGGAGGUUCGUAAGUCGUCGAGGGUACUGGAGACAUCUCUACAGUGACUGUGGCACUAACUUUCUCGGUGCUGACAAGGAGCUGAAGAAGCUGUUCUCUGCUGGCGCCAAGGAAUUCCAGCAUCUCUCUGCAGUAUGUUUCAAGGAUGGAACGCGGUGGUCGUUCAAUCCUCCUGGAGCCCCUCAUUUCGGAGGAAAAUGGGAAGCAGCGGUAAAGUCGGUGAAGUAUCAUCUCGCUCGAACGGUUCGUGAUACAACUCUCACGUUCGAGGAACUUUCGACGCUGCUGACCCAGAUUGAAGCAGUUCUCAACUUCAGGCCUCUACAAGCGCUCUCGGAAGACCCUGAUGACUUGUCCUGCUUAACCCCAGGGCAUUUUCUCAUUGGAGAAGCUCCAAUAGCUCUUCCGGAGCCUUCUUUGGAUCAUCUCAACGUUGGACGGCUCUCUAGAUGGCAACUGAUUCAGCAGAGGCUGCAGUUCUUCUGGAAACAAUGGUCUACAGGGUAUCUGCAGCAGCUCCAGUCCAUCUCCAAGUGGCAUCAUCCGUCCAACGAAGUCAAAGUCGGUAGCCUGGCACUUCUCUACGACGAGCGGUUCCCGCCAUCGAAGUGGCCUCUUGCUCGUGUCACAGUUCUACAUCCUGGGAAGGACGGUCUCUCCAGAGUUGUGACAAUUAGGACCGCCUCGACGACGUUGACUAGGCCGAUCUCCAAAUUGGUUCUAUUGCCGAUCUCUACCAGUUAA